AUGUUUAGUCCUGACUCUGGGACCAGCGGAGACCAGUCCCUGUGCUCCUCAGAGUCCAGCUGGAGGCCAGUCCCUGUGUCCUCAGAGUCAGCAGGAGGCCAGUCCUGUGCUCCUCAGAGUCCCGCAGGGGCCGUCCCUGUGCUCCUCAGUCCUUUCCCGAGCAGGAGGCUCAGUCCCUGUGGCCUUCCUCAGGAGUCCCAGCAGGAGGACCUGUCCCUGUGCUCCUCAGUCCCAGCAGGAGGACCAGUCCCUGUGCUCCUCAGUCCCAGCAGGAGGCCAGUCCCUGUGCUCCUCAGAGUCCCAGCAGGAGGCCAGUCCCUGUGCUCCUCAGUCCCAGCAGGAGGCCCAGUCCCUUGCUCCUCAGAGUCCCAGGCAGGCAGGCCAUCCGGUGCUCCUCAGGUCUUAGCAGGAGGCCCAGUCCCUGUGCUCCUCAGAGUCCCAGCAGGAGGACAGUCCCUGUGCUCCUCAGUCCCAGCAGGAGGACCCGUCCUGUGCUCCUCGAGUUCCAGCAGGGAGGCCAGUCCCUGUGCACAUCAGUGUUCCAGCAGGAGGCCUAGUCCCUGUGCUCCUCAGUUUAGCAGGAGGCAGUCCCUGUGCUCCUCAGAGUCCCAGGCAGGAGGCCCAGUCCCUGUGCUCCUCGAGUCUUAG